AUGUCGUCACCAUUGUUCGCAAAUGUCGACUCCUACAAGCAGCCUACACUCCGUGAGGAGUCAGGCUAUGCUUCAGCCGAAUCCAGCCAAGAGAGUCUGCCCGAAGUUUACUUCGCAAAGCCUCACUUGAAGUUUAUCAACGCUCAGCUACAGAAGCUCGAGCCUCAGGACAUCCUUCGAUGGGCCAUCACAUCUCUGCCUGGGCUAUUCCAGACUACCGCCUUUGGACUUACUGGCCUCGUUACUGUGGACAUGCUUUCGAAGCUUGAUGGACCGUUGAAGCACAACAUCGACUUGAUCUUCCUGGACACCCUUUACCACUUUGAUGAAACAUAUGCCCUUGUCGACCGGGUAAAGAGGCGAUACGGAACACCAGUACACGUUUACAAGCCUGCUGGGUGCGACAAUGUCAACGACUUCACUACCAAGCAUGGCGACAAGCUUUGGGACACCAACGAUGAACUCUAUGACUACGUUGCUAAAGUAGAGCCUGCCGAGCGUGCCUACUCUGAACUUCAAGUCAAGGCCGUCCUGACUGGUCGCCGACGCAGCCAAGGUGGAAAGCGAGGAGACCUAGACAUCAUCGAGAUCGAUGAGGCUGGCCUCAUCAAGAUCAACCCUCUAGCCAACUGGAGCUUCGCCCAAGUAAAGGAAUACGUUGACGCCAACGACGUCCCAUACAACGACCUUCUCAACAGGGGUUACAAGAGUGUUGGGGACUGGCACUCUACACAGCCAGUGGCCGCUGGAGAGGAUGAGCGCUCAGGACGCUGGAAGGGCAAGAACAAGACCGAGUGCGGUAUUCACAACCCCAAGUCACGAUACGCUCAGUUCCUCCAAGAGCAGGCGAUGAAGCAACAAAAUGAGGAUCUGGCCAACAAGCUGCAACAAGUCUCUCUGAACGUCUAG